AUGCUGCGGUUGCUGGCGGGGGACGUAGGAGGGACGAACGCCCGCCUUGUCUUGUACGAGGCUCCCAGCGAUGCCACGUCCUUGCGCGAUGAAAAAACGAUGCCAUCGCACAAGGUGCUUGCCCAGAUGUACUACAAAAACAAUGACUUCCAGUCAUUCACCGAAGUUCUCUGCUCGUUUACCUCCCUUCCUGCUGUGCGAGACAGAAAAAUUGAUUGCUGCUGCUUGGCCGUCGCUGGACCUGUCUCAGACAACCACAUCAAUUUCACGAAUAGAGAGGGUUGGAUUAUCGAUGGUAACGCAAUAGAGGAGGAGUUCGGAAUCGAUUUCGUCGUCCUUGUGAAUGAUUUCGUCGCCAACGGGUAUGGUUUACUCUCGCUUUCUCACCAGGAGCUUGCUUCACUACAAGAAGGCGAGGGUGCCGAGCAUGGGCAAUGUACGGAGCCUGUAGCCCUAAUAGGCGCAGGAACUGGGUUAGGAGAGUGCUAUUUAACCCCGACAAAGGACGGAAGUCUCAUCGUUUUUCCGACAGAGGGUGGACACGUCGAAUUUGCGCCUCGCACAAAGCUGGAGUUGGAGUUGCUCGAGUACAUGCAUAGACGUCUAAAUACAAGCGGGGAGUUAAACGGGUCCGAGACAGAGGUACUUCCUCGCGUCAGUGUUGAGCGCAUUGUCUCGGGAAAGGGGCUUGAGAACAUCUACGAGUUUUUGUGUGAGAAGUAUCCAGACCAAGUCAACGAAGUCCUUGACGCAGACUACAACGAAUCAAACGAGCGUGGUCGGCUGAUCGGUACCGAGAAAUACAACUACAAGCUAUUCUGGCGAGCAUUAGAGAUCAUGUUUGGUGUCUUUGGUGACGAGGUUGGAAAUUGCGUACUCAAGUACCUACCCUAUGGAGGGGUUUAUAUUGCCGGCGGCAUUGCUCCGAAGAACCUUGAGUUCUUACGAGGGAAGGCCUCGCAGUUUAUGCGUCGUUACAUGGACAAAGGCCGGAUGUCUUCAAUAAUGUCUGCGUUCCCGGUGUAUGUAGUUAUGAAAGAGGACCUCGGUUUGCGAGGUGCGCACACUUUUGCAGCAAGAUGUGCGUCUGAUAUUCUCGCGUCAGGGGCAAAUGAAGAGAAGGAAGGCGCCGUUACGGAACAUACCAAGCUCCCGGUGGACGCUCCACCGCCUUCGCGAGAGUCGAAGCUUAGCGCCACGGAAGCUGUUCGCGAGGCAGUGGUCACCUAUCCGCUCACCUACGCAGUGGUCACAAGUUUCACUUCCGCAUUCACCGCCGGUGUUAUAAUGGCAGGAAUGGAGGUUGCGAAGAAAUGGAGGACGAGGUGAGUAAGUAGCCUGGAAGGCAAUCGGUGGUAUACAGCAGGAUAUGAGAGGCGGUGAUAAAGAUAAUGCCAUUAGCUAGAGCACUGUGUGGAAUAAAACGGGGCUGUUUUGCCAUCGCAUAUCAGGCUCUAGCUAGUGUUCGA